AUAUGCAAAUGAUCAGACACACCUCCCAUCCCAAGUGCGCGCGACUCAUUUAAAGUGAAAGUUCACCCCUAAUUUGGAAUAAAAUAAAGAAAAAGGAACUUCUCACAAUUAUUGCUACGUAAAACAUCCUUAAAGAACCCAAAAUACAGUAAACUUUUCCUUCUCAUUAAAUCUGUAAAAUGUCCAAGAACGGAAAGUUGUCAAAAACAGGUGUGAUCACAUUCAUUAAAAACAAUAAGAAACGUCAAAAUGAAAUAAUGUAGUUUCCUUGUUAAAAUCGUCAAAACGGUUAAGAAUACGUAACGUUUGGCGUUUUCUUCAAUAACUUUUAUCGACCAGAGUAUAACUAAGUUUAAGGCGAAAUUAGCAGAGACGGGUCCAAAUCGAAGACUUUUCCCAUUUAUUGGUUACGGAAGUAAAAAAAAAAAUAGACAAGCUAGAAGCCGUUUUGCUGUAAAAAGCAGCCGUUCGCUAAACACUAUCUCGUCGAUUGUGGAGAGGAGCCAAAACAAGGGGUGGCUGUGAGUUCGGCUCCCUUCGUCUUCUGUCGACAAUCUCCGUCCCGCCUCCUUCCUGUGGGCUCAUCGUCGGCCCGAAAAGAGAGGGAAGGAGGCCAUCGCCGAGCACCAUUGCUCAUAUUAUUCAACUCAUGCGCCUCUAUACUAGCGCCUGCCUCGUUUCGUUCGCUGCCAUUUCUUCUCCCCGGGCCCUUUCCGCGCUCUCGGCCACCGGGGAGGGUGUUUGUCGCUCCCCGCUCGCUCCCCGCUCGCUCCUCGGACGCGUUCGGCCGCAGUCGGUCGGGCCCGGAAGCAAUGGACGAGUCGGAAUCGGCAACAAAGGGACUCGGGCUGCAGGAGGCGGCCGAUCGGAGAGGGCAGGACUCGGAGACCGAAUCGGAGGCCGAAGUGGCGACGAUGACGAUGAUGGGAGAACCGGAGAACAUCGACAUGGGAGCCGAGUCGCUGCCGAACCCGGACGAGGCCGAGGCGGCGUUUGCUGGAAAGUUACCAGGGGCCGAUCGCGCACGAGCGGAGGCGGGAGAGACACAGUGCGGAUACAAAGUAACGACGGUGACAGUGAAUGAUGUCCAAGCAUCUGGAGACAACGUGUUCACCACGUCUGUUGCCACAGCGGCCUCCAUCUCAGAGCACGUUCUUACCGGCCGGACCACCUUGCAAAUUGGAGACAGCCUCAACACCCAGAAAGCCACACUUAUUGUUGUCCAUACUGACGGAAGUAUUGUGGGUGCAACAGGGCUGAAGGGGGCAACGACUCCCGUAACUCCAGGUCCCCAGACACCCACCACAUCCAUGACCCCUGGACACGAGAAAGAGGGUUCAAAGUAUAACUGGGACCCGUCGGUGUAUGACAACGAACUGCCAGUGCGCUGCCGGAAUACCAGUGGUAUACUGUACAAGAACAGAUUAGGCUCAGGCGGGAAAGGGCGCUGCAUCAAACAUGGUAACAACUGGUACACACCCACAGAGUUUGAGGGCAUGUCGGGGAGGGCGAGCAGCAAGGACUGGAAGAGGAGCAUUCGCUAUGCUGGACGUCCCCUGCAGUGCCUCAUACAGGAGCGCAUUCUGAACCCCCACGCAGCCUCUUGCACGUGCGCGGCCUGCUGCGACGAUCUCUCCUUGUGUGCCACGGAUGGGUCGUCUUUCAAAGGGGAGAACAUAAAUAUGACUGGCCCGGUGAGGCUGUUUGUCCCUUAUAAGAGACGAAAGAAGGACAACGAGCGUCCCGCAACGCCUGAGAAGAAGGACGUUCAGACACCAAAGAACAUCACCUUCGCACCUGGGACUACCAUCACCGUGUCACCGUCAGGCCAGAUUACCACCUCCGGCACUCUGACCUUCGACAGGACGUCCGCCGGCGACGCGACGGCCAUCAUUUCCGAGAGCCCGGCGCAAGCGGACGUCUUUGCCAGCACGGCAGUGCUGACAUCCCUCCCUGCCCUGGCGGUGCCCCCCCAGCCGGUACAGGCCAAGGCCCCUUCUCCAGGACUGGCCAAUGGGCUGGAGGGGGGUGAACAGCGAACCUGGCUCUACCUGGAAGAGAUGGCCAACACCCUGCUGAGCACCGUGCAGCAGCUCAAGGCCCUCAUCGAGCAGGCCAAGCAGGCGAGCCAGGAGGCCCUCGCCGCGCAGGAGAAGGGCUUCGCCGAGCGCCGGGAGGCCUUCCAGGGACAGCUGUCCUUCCAGCAGGCCGGUGACCCGGAGGGGAAGACCACCGAGAUCGUCAUCAAGCAAAUGUGCGUCAACUGCGGGCGCGAGGCGAUAAGCGAGUGCACAGGUUGCCACAAGGUCAACUACUGCUCCACCUUCUGCCAGAGAAAGGACUGGAAGGACCAUCAGCUCUGCUGCUGCCAGCCUGCUGCCGCUGUCGCCGUUCAGGAGGAGGAGCAGAUGCCUACUAUGGACAUUGAGAAGGUCAAGGCCUAGAUGCCUUCAUCCAGUCUGUCCCAGAUGUGGAGAUGCCUUCAUUCAUGACUUCGGGGCUUGUCGUGAAUAGGCUCCCUUAAGUGAGUUUGCUAGCUGCUCUUCCUGCAGGUGGGAAAGACUGAAACUAUGGGAAACGUUUUGUCAAAUGAUUGUCCACCCGUUGGUUUGGUCUUUAUCGUUAAGGCAAGUCGGGUGAGUAUCUUGCCAUUUGAAGCUGAGUGAUUGCGUUGGAUGUUAUGCGUAAAGCAGAAGUCUGGAAGCACACCUGUCCAAUAAGUGUCGAGUCAUUCGCCAGGUGGUCGUCCUCCUCUCCUGGACUGGGCUUUUGGAGUUGUAGGAGGACUCACAUCUGCUCAGCUGUCACCUUGGAUUCUUACCCGGUUUACAGCGUUUUACUCUUGCACUGCUCACGUUUGGUCAACGGCUCUGGAGGAGUUGGACAUUUCGAGCUGCACUGUUAAUACACGAGAAAUUCUGGUUUUUCGAACCAUCUGAAAUGCACUGAGAGCUACAGCAGGGGUCCACCGACUAGCAAUCAUGUCCUCUUUUUUGUUUUUUCUACUCAAAAUAUUUCCAGAUAUCUCUUUUUCCUGCAUUCGGGACUUUAUUUUUUUAUUAAUGUAUUUAAUUAUGCACAAAAUAUGUAACAGAGUUGAAAAACAGAUUCUGUAGAUUAAUGUCAGAUUUGGAACUUGGUCUGUUGUUUUGACAUUUUCAAGGCCCAUCUGCCCUUUGUUUGUUCUGCUUUCCAGCUGUUCUUUUGACAGCUGGUGAUCCACCAAAGAAAAUCAGCCUUUUAUUCUCACAGCAGCACCAGAAAUGAUGUUAAAAGUGGAAUA